UAACAAAUUGAAAUUAAUUAAUAAAUAUGGAGGAAACUAAGAGAUUACACGAACAGAUUUAUGGACUUAGGGGGUUUGAACCUCCAAACCCACCCAAGCUUAUAGAGUCCAUUGAGGAGCACCGACCGAAGUUACAGCCGUAUGAGACAAGUCCGGCGGAAACAAGACCGGUGAUUAUUAUAGAUAAUGGGUCGUAUAACUGCAGAGCUGGAUGGAGCUUUGAAGAAAAACCUUACUUAGACUUUAGAUCUCAGGUCACAAAGCCGAAAAGUCUUAAUAGAGAGUUUUCGUAUAAAGAUUUCUUGGUAGGUGAUGAAUGUGACCUAUUUGAAACGGGGAAAAUACAAAAGAAAACACCCUUUGACAAGAAUGUGGUAUAUAAUAUAAAUAAUCAGGAAGCUAUUUUUGAUCAUGUAUUCUCACACCUUGGAGUUUCUGGAGAUUCGGUGAAUUACCCAGUACUGCUUACAGAGGCAUUCUGAAAUCCAAAUUACUCAAGAGCAAUGGUAUCUGAGCUACUUUUUGAGAAAUAUGAAGUUCCAUAUCUAACUCUUUCAGUAGAUUUCUUGCUGUCCUUUUAUUACAAUCAAGUUAAAAGAUAUGAAGGUCGUUCAGUGCCUCUUAGUGGGUUGUGUGUUUCCUCUUCUCAUAAUGUGACUCACAUAGUUCCAAUACUUGAAGGAUGAGUGAAUGUACCAAAGUCGAAAAGGAUUUCACUUGGGGGAAGUCACAACAAUGAAUUGCUAACAAAGUCCUUAAACCUGCGGUAUCCAGUUCAUAAAAACAAAUUAAUACCCUCAGUUAUCCAAGAAAUCCAGGAAAGACACACUGCAUGUGCUGAGAAUUAUUCUGAGCAACUUGACUUCUUUGAAAAACAGUAUGAAAAGGAGAUGAACAGAUUGAAAGAGGAGGAUAUGGUUAAGAGAAAAAUGAUGCUUGAGGGAGGAUCAAAAGAAAGUAACACUCUUAAAAGCAUUCCUAAGAAAGGAAGUAACCUCAAAAUCUACAGGAAUGCUGUAGAUUACUCCAAUUCUCAACAAGACCCAGCUAUCAUGCCUGAUAGAGUAAUCCAGCUAGAUUGGUCCCCUAUUGAGCAGCCGUCUGAAGAGGAAGAGAAAAGAAAAGAAGCCAUGAGGAAGGAACAAGGCAAAAGACUUCGAGAUAUCAAUGCUAAGAAACGUGAAGAAAAACAAAAGAAAUUAGCCAAAGAGCUUUCUCAAAUCGAAGCUUAUGAAAAUGAUCGAUCUCUUGAAGACGACAAACUCAAGCUUAAAGAACUAGGCUUUAAGUCAAUGGAGUCUCUUUUGGAACGUAUUGAGUACAUCAGAGAGAAACUUGGUAUCACUCAAAAAGAAGAGAAAAAGGAGGAAGAGAAAUGGCCUUUGCUCUCCAUUGAUGACUCCCAACUUGAUGAAGAACAAAAGAAACUCAAGCGGAUUCAAAAGAUGCAAAAGAGCAGCUACCUGAAACGUAUGGAGAAGAGGCUCAAAGAUGAGGCUGAGCAAAACCCAGAGGAGUACCUCAAAUCCUUAAUGGAAGACCGCAAGGAACGCAAAGAACAAAUGAGCAAAAGAGAUGGUUUCAAAAGGAAGAUGAAGACUAUUGCUAAAAUUGGAGCCAUCAAUGAUGAGACUAAGAAUAAGAAAAAUAAUGAAAGCGAAGAAGACGAUUUUGGAAUCAACGAUGAAGACUGGCAGGUAUAUAAAACAAUCGCCAAACCAGGGUAUGAAGAGGAUGACCAAGAAGAAGAUAUACAAGCACUAGAAGAGAUCAAUGAAAAGAUCGCAGAAGUAGAUCCAAACUUUGGCUGCCUCUAUGGAGAUAAUGAUAAGAAGCAGAUUGACGCAGAAGAUUUUCAAUUGAGACUAUCUACUGAUAGGUUCAGAGGUUCAGAAAUAUUGUUCCAACCCUCUAUUAUUGGUCAUGAAUUUGCGGGAAUCACUGAGAUCCUUGAAAAUAUUUUCCAAACUAACAGUAAUGAAAUCAAUAAUACUCUCACAAGUUUUGUGCUUUUGACGGGAGGAAAUACGAAAAUUGAAGGAAUGGAUAAAAGAAUCAAAGCAGAAAUCCAAAUGAUCAGACCACAAGGGUCUCCCUUAAAUGUUGUCAGAGCAUAUGACCCAUCCCUUGAUGCCUGGAAUGGUGGAUUAAUGUUUGCCAGGAGAGAAGAUUUCUUAGGGCAAACAAGCAUUUCCAAAGCUCAGUACGAAGAAUGAGGGCCUUACUAUCUCAAGGCUCAUUUUGCUUCAAACCUAGCAUAUGGGGAAGCUCUUGGGGUCAAAGUAAGUUCUCAAUCACCCAAAAAGAGAGUGAAAACUGAAGAAUAAUUUGCCAUAAAAACUGUAAAUUCUUUUAUCAACAAUAAUU